AGAAGGGCAGAAGCGAAAAACCCCGAGCAGCCAGCAAAUCUCCGUCGCCGUCACGAACCCAUUCUUCCGCAGUUCCAUUUUCUUCCAAAGUAAUGGGGAGCGACAGCGAGGCUGAGAAGCCACAUCAGAAGGAGAAGAAGAAGAUCGUUGCUCUUGCGCCGAUUGCCAAACCGCUUGCCGGCAAGAAGCUCUGCAAACGUACCCUUAAGCUUGUCCGCAAAGCUGCUGAGUACAAGUGCUUGAAGCGGGGGGUAAAGGAAGUGGUCAAAAGCAUAAGGCGUGGUCACAAAGGAUUGUGUGUAAUAGCUGGAAACAUAUCCCCCAUUGAUGUGAUCACCCAUGUUCCGAUCUUAUGUGAAGAGUCAGACAUUUGCUACAUAUAUGUUCCUUCAAAAGAAGAACUUGCCAAUGCAGGGUCGACCAAGAGGCCAACAUGCUGUGUGCUGGUACAAACCAAGCCAAACAAAGGGGAGCUUGGAUCAAACGAACAAGAGAAACUCAAGGCGGAUUACGACCAAGUUGUAGCAGAAGUAUCAGAACUUACAAGUAGUCUUAUCUGAAGGGAUUCAGUCAAUGGGUCGAUCUUUUUUAAAAGAAUUCAGUGAUUCGAUAGAAUUUGUCAAAAUAUAGCCUUGAUUUUAGUAGCUGAACGAUUCAUUUUACCAAGUAAAGGAAGAAGUGCUUAAACCAUUCAUGUCCACAAAGGCUGCAUCAGUUUCUUCAAUCAAAGUCCAUGAAGGGGACAGUGUCCGGAGUGUAUGGAUCAUGCUGCUGUUCCAUUAAAUCUCUUCUUGAAGCUUUCGUGUAAAAAACUAAGUUCAAUUUUAUAGGGCUUUCUCGUUUCUGCAGUUCUACGACAGAGUAGGCAAUAUAAAAAUUAGACUUCUAUUCGGCCUUUCAUCAUAGGAACCAUCAAUUUUCUUUAAAAUGAGAGCUCGUGAUUUAUUGAAGUCCAA